AUGAGCGUGCUUCAACGUCGUGUUACCACUGGUUCACGUUUGGCUCGUUUUCCGUCACAGACUUCGUCGGAUCAGCAACAACAGCAAGGUGCACGAACGGGCAAAUCGUCAUUGGUUGGACGAUUUCUGGAUAAUGAUUUCGAGGAUCGGUACAUCCCGACAAUUGAAAAUUUUUAUAGAAAAUUGUACAAAAUUAAAAGUGAGAUCCAUCAGUUAGAUAUCAUUGACUGCUCAGGAAAUGAUCCAUUUCCAGCCGCUCGAAGACUCAGUUACAUUUCAGGUGACAUGUUUCUCAUUGUGUCCUCUGUGGACAACGCUGAUUCGGUGACGCAUAUGCUCGACAUUAGAAAACAAAUCAAUGAAUGCAAAGCAUCACGAGGAGUGGCCAGCAGUAGUGAUACACCUUGUGUCUUCAUCCUAAAUAAAGUCGAUCUUCCAGAAAAUCGUUGGCAAAUUACCGAGAAAGAGGCCUGUGAUUUAAUCAACAAUACUACCGGACCCAAUGAUGUACUUGUAGUUUGUUCAGCGGCAACAAAUCUUAACAUUGACAAGGCUUUUGAGAAGCUAUUUGCUCUGAACAAAUGUCCAAAACACAUGAAUCCAGAAGUGCACAAGAAACUGCGCAAUGAGCUUUCGGCCGAUGAAGGGACAGGCCGUCGCCAUAUUUUGCGACGAAUGAGGAGUCGUUUCUCAAGAGAACACGAAGAUCUCACCACGUAA